UCCUGAGUGUCAGUAAACAAUGAUUUGUCGCUAACGUAAACAAAUCUAAAUGAAAAGACCUCCAGUCACCUGAUUCCACUAUGAAAACAGUGACUAGGAAAGAAAGCCACAAUAAUUUAAAUACCUGUGAAAUUCAUUGACCCAUAUUUAGCGUUUAUCGGUUAAAGUAAAAAUAAGCCAAAUAAGGGGAAAAUGGCAAAACUGAAGAAAUUCUUCCAUCUCUCGGAUCCUGAAUACACAGCAAAGUUUCAACGUCUAUGUGGAGUCUACCUUAAUUAUCAAAGUGACCAACCGUCGGAAGGAAGUUUAGGAAAUAAGAACAAUUCUUGUACAGUUCGGAAAAGAACAGGACUACAGGAUUGUGGAAAAAAUAAUAAUACAGAGAACCAAAAUCAAAAUGAAUCUCAGGAUACUGUGUUUAGAACGCCUAAAUCAGAGGCGGACAGAAUAUGGAAGCAUUUGUCCACGUUUCAGAAAUCUCUGUUUUACAUACUGACAUGUGCAUCCUCCUUAGGAAACGAGGCGUUUUAUUUACUUUUCUACCCGUACGUUGCAUGGAAUAUGGAUUCUGUUGUAGUUCGUCAUACAAAUGUAGUUUGGACUCUAUGUAUGUACGCAGGACAGGCGGCUAAAGACUAUCUAAUAUGGCCACGCCCAACAUCUCCACCCGUGGUCAGAUUGGAGACCGACUUUUUGCAGGAAUAUGCAAUGCCGUCUACACAUGCAAUGUCAGCGACAGCUAUACCUUUUAUGCUUGCGUAUACAAUAAUACAUAGAUAUGAUAUAUCUCCGGUGUUUGUGAUAUGUGUAGCCAUAUGCUGGUGUUUAUUGGUUUGUCUAAGUCGACUUUACCUUGGGGUCCAUUCAGUACUGGAUCUCUUAUGUGGAGUGAUAGCAUCUUUAAUCAUCAUCUUGUUGACUGUACCUUAUAUGAAGGAAUUUGAUAUGUUCCAACAGUCACAUCCCGUUGCACCGCUUGUUGUUUUUGGCAUCAGUCUGGCAUUAAGCACUGUCUGCUAUCCCAACGCUAAAGAUGAUUCUCCCUAUACAGCAAAAGCCGAUGCCGUUCAAAUUGUAGCCGUGUCAGCAGGGGUAACUCUAGGGACAUGGAUAAAUUAUCAGUUUGGUUUUACAGUAGACAAAGGUCAAGUCUUCCAAGCUCAGAUUGUUAUACCUACCAUUACUAUGAUGGCAGAAUCUUUAUUGAGAUUUGUUAUUGGCAUUGUUAUCCUUGGUGCGCUGUAUUCAGUGGUGAAAAAAUCAUCAGUGCACUUCUUUUCUUAUGUAUUCAAUCUAGAAAAACCAAACAAGAAGCAUCCGUCGGUAGAGAUUGGAUACAAGUUUGUUACAUAUUAUGUUUUAGGAUUUGCUAUUAUAUUUUUGAUACCAUAUAUCCAUUUUCUAUUGGGACUUGGAAGAACGGCGUAUUUUAAUGAGGUUCAGUAGAUAGUAUCAGAAGUCAUACAUACAUGUGCGGUCAUCUGUACGAUAUUAUAUAACAUUUAAAGAAAAACUCUGGUUUAUAUAUAUAUAAGAGAAUUGCUCAUUCGAACUAAUUAUAUAAGUAAAUAUAAUUACGUAUAAAGUAAACAAAUGAAAGUAUGGACAUAUCAUAUAUUUGUAAACAGUUUGUUUUAAAAAAAAACUUAUAAACAUUUGAUUAAACAGUUUAAAUGCAGCUUUGACGUGGUUUCAUAUCAUAUCAAUGUUUAGCCGUCUUUCUAUCGCUCUGAUCGAUACUAUUAUACAGAAAGUAACAUUUUGUCAUGGUGAUCAUAUUACUAUACAAUUCAUAG